AUGCCAUUCGUAAAAGACUUUAAAGCUGAAUCUUUAGAAGAUUCAAAUCUCUUCAGACCAAUGAAGAUCGGGAAUAUGAACCUGGACCAUCGUGCCGUUAUGGCCCCACUAACAAGAUUGAGGGCGAUAUAUCCUGGUCAAAUUCCAAACACUGACUAUGGUAUCGAGUAUUAUGACCAACGUUCCAGGAGAAAAGGGACAUUUUUGAUCUCUGAAGCCGCAAUCAUUUCCCCUCAAGCAGGUGGUAUUGAUGAUGCCCCUGGUAUCUGGAAUGAAACACAGGUCGAAGCAUGGUCUAAAAUCAUCGAAAAGGUUCAUGAGAAUGGCUCUUAUAUUUUCAUCCAAUUCUGGGCUUUAGGUCGCCAUGCUUUCCCUGGUAAUCUGAAAAGAGAUGGGCUUAGAUAUGUCUCUGCUUCCGACGACGUUUACAUCGACGACUCUCGUCAAGCAAUUGCUUUCUAUGCAAACAACCGCCAACAUGGUCUAACUAAGACAGAAAUUCAAAGUUUUGUUCAGGAUUUUGCAAACGCCUCAAAGAAUUCGAUUAAGGCAGGUGCAGAUGGUGUUGAGAUCCAUAGUGCGUUUGGUUUCUUUUUAAAUCAAUUUUUGGACCCAAUUUCCAACAAAAGAACGGAUGAAUACGGUGGGUCUAUUGAGAAUAGAUCCAGAAUUGUCUUAGAGGUUGUUGAUGCCUGUAUUGAGGCCGUUGGUGCUGAAAAGGUUGGUAUCAGAUUAUCCCCUUGGGCUAGAUAUUUGGGUAUGUCAGGAAGUACCGACCCAACUUUAUUAGCAACAUACUGCUAUUUAUUGGGUGAGCUUGAAAAGAGAGGUAGGGCUGGUAAGAGAUUAGCCUACGUUCAUUUAGGUGAACCAAGAGUAACUGAUCCAUUUUUAACUGAAGGUAAAGGAAUGGAGAUGUUUGGCCAUAACGAUUUUGCAUUUUCUAUCUGGAAAGGUCCAAUUAUCCGUUCUGGUAAUUUGGCAUUGCACCCUGAGAUUGCAAAAGAUUUGUUGAAAAACGAUAGAACUUUAAUUGCUUACGGUAGAUUUUGGAUUUCUAACCCAGAUCUUGUUGACAGAUUGGAGAAGGGACUACCUCUGAAUAAAUAUGAUAGAGGUACAUUUCUAGGCAGAACCGAUGAAGGAUUAUUGGAUUACCCAACUUACGACGAGGCAAUCAAAAAAGGUUGGGAUUACGAAGCUUAG